AUGCAGUGGGAGUCUAGAUUCGCGGAGGCGUUCCUGUGCUCCGACAUCCCUAAAAUCGGCACCAUCCAGGGUCCAGAGUGCGCCAACAUUUACCAGUCGCUCGGUUUGUCGUUGACGCGUGAUCAGAUUAAAUCCUGCGGGGCUAUGAACAAGGAGCAGUUCGUUAAGAAAGGAAUGGAGAUCGUGUCGGAGCAGUUCGUUAAGAAAGGAAUGGAGAUCGUGUCGGAGCAGCCGUCUGGCGGCGACCUGAAGCGCCUGUUCGAGGCCGUGCAGAACUCUCAAACCAAGACCAUUGGCACUGCUGAGUUGCAGGAGGUGAUGGGACUCAUGAAGAACCGCAGCCCACAGGACCUGACUAGGUUGAUUGACCUCUUGGACCCGGAGAAGACCGGCAGGAUCACCUACGAGAAGUUUGUCGACGUUUUCUCCAAGUAA